UCUCUUUCUACGCUUCUCUACCCUCCAGAAGAAAGCCUAUUUUUCUCUCUGCGAGGUGAUAGAGAAUCGGGGAGAGAGAGAAGAGAGGGAAGUUCAUUGUUACGUUCAAAGGACCAACGCGUUUUUCGCUUUGAUUGCUUCUCUCCUCAACCUCUACCGUUUGGCUUGUGUUGGUGGGUUCCUGUGCAAUGGCUGCUACUGCAACUGCUUCUUCUGCUGGUCCACGGUAUGCACCGGAAGACCCUACUCUCCCCAAACCUUGGAGAGGUUUAGUUGAUGGCAAAACUGGUUACCUUUAUUUUUGGAAUCCGGAGACUAAUGUUACUCAGUAUGAGAGGCCUACUAUCUCAGCUCAUUCAUCAAAGUCUUCUUCAGUGCCCAUAAGUUCUUCGGUUCAAGUUCAGCAAUCUUCUCGUUAUGGCUACAGCCCUGUUAAAGAAGAUGAUAGGUAUGGCCGAGGCAGUAAUGGUGGAUCAAAAUUUGAUGCUGGAGUAAAGAGUGGCCAGAUUGCGAGAGGUGGAGCAGUUCAAUCUCAAAAUUUUCCAGGUGGAACUGACAAUGGACCUGCUGGAUCUUCUGCUAGAGGACAUGGAUCAUCUGCCGGAGGAAGUGUUCUCCCUGUGGAGGCUUAUCGUCGUCGGCAUGAAAUUACUGUCACUGGAGAUGAAGUGCCCCCACCUCUUACAUCAUUUGAAGAUACUGGUUUUCCUUCUGAGAUUCUGAGAGAGGUACACAAUGCAGGGUUCUCUGCCCCAACUCCAAUUCAGGCACAAUCGUGGCCAGUUGCUUUGCAGAGCAGAGAUAUAGUUGCCAUUGCUAAGACAGGCUCGGGUAAGACUUUAGGUUACUUGAUUCCUGGGUUUAUGCAUCUCAAGCGCUGCCGUAAUGAUGCACAGCUGGGUCCAACUGUGUUGGUAUUGUCGCCAACAAGAGAGUUGGCAACACAGAUACAGGAUGAAGCUGUAAAGUUUGGGAAGUCAUCAAGAAUUUCAUGCACGUGCUUAUAUGGAGGAGCACCAAAGGGACCCCAGUUGAAAGAACUAGACAGAGGAGCAGAUAUUGUGGUUGCUACACCUGGCCGUUUGAAUGACAUACUUGAAAUGAGGAGAAUUAGCCUUAGCCAAGUUUCUUACCUUGUACUAGAUGAAGCUGAUCGGAUGUUGGACAUGGGUUUUGAACCUCAGAUACGUAAGAUUGUAAAAGAGGUGCCUGCUCGUCGCCAGACUCUCAUGUACACUGCAACUUGGCCGAAGGAAGUUCGGAAAAUUGCAGCAGAUCUACUGGUCAAUCCUGUUCAAGUUAAUAUUGGCAACGUGGAUGAACUUGUGGCUAACAAGUCAAUAACACAGUAUAUUGAAGUAUUGGCACCCAUGGAGAAGCAUAGAAGGUUGGAGCAGAUAUUACGGUCUCAAGAACCUGGAUCAAAGAUUAUUAUUUUUUGUUCAACAAAAAAGAUGUGUGAUCAACUUGCUCGCAAUCUUACUCGCCAGUUUGGAGCUGCUGCUAUUCAUGGAGAUAAAUCGCAGGGUGAGAGGGAUUAUGUUCUGAAUCAGUUCCGCACAGGAAGGUCUCCAGUGCUUGUAGCCACAGAUGUUGCUGCUCGAGGACUGGACAUUAAAGACAUCAGGGUGGUCAUCAACUAUGAUUUCCCUACUGGAGUGGAGGAUUAUGUUCAUAGGAUUGGGAGGACUGGGAGGGCUGGUGCUACUGGAGUUGCUUACACGUUCUUUGGUGACCAGGAUUCUAAGUAUGCUUCAGAUCUCAUCAAAGUCUUGGAAGGGGCAAACCAGCGGGUCCCUCCAGAGAUUCGUGAUAUGGCUUCUCGUGGUGGUGGGGGGAUGGGCAGGCCUAGACGUUGGGGUUCUGCUCCUGGUGGACGUGAUGGGGGGCGUGGUGGACGUAGUGAUUUUGGUUAUGGGGGACGAGAUGGGGGAAGAGGCAGUAGUUGGGGAAUGUCUAAUUCCUCUUCCAGCAGGCCAGAAAAAGGAGGUGGCCGUGGAUAUGAGCACGUGUCCCGAGACAGAUAUGGUGGGUACAGUGAUAGCUAUGAUAGAGGUCGUGGUCAUAGUCGGAGCCCUGAUAGGCAUGACAGGGUUCCACCAACACGUGAACGGUCUCCAGUGCAGAGUUUUCACCAGGCAAUGAUUGAAAGAGGUCGAGCAACCUCACCAGCACAAUACCAAAGGGAGAGGUCAAGAUCCCCUCGUGGUGGUGGCAACAAUUCUCACAAGGUACCCAAUCGCGAACGGUCUCCAGCCUGCAGUUUUCACCAGGCUAUGAUGGAAAGAAGUCAGGCAUCCCCACCAUCUCAUACCCAGAGUGGGAGGUCAAGAUCCCCUUAUGGUGGAGGCAGCAGUUCUCAGAAGGUAUCCACUCGUGAACAGUCUCCUGUUCGCAGUUUUCACCAGGCUAUGAUGGAAAGAAACCGGGCAUCACCACCAUCUCAUAGCCAGAGUGGUAGGUCAAGAUCCCCUUCUAAUGGCAGUGGCAGUAGUUUCCACACAGCAAUGGCAGAAAAAGGCCGUUCGUCAUCAAAUGAUGUCCAGCAGGAUCGAGGAAGAUCAACUGGAAGUGAACACGAGGACAGAGCAUAUAAUGAUGCGUCAAGAUCUCGUUUUGGAGAGGAAGAAGAGGAAGGCAUGAUUCCUGCUGAUGAGGAUGGCAUAAUACCACCAGAUGAUGAAGGCAUGUAUGGAGGGGCAGAUGGAAACUUCCAUUGUUCUUAGAUCAUAGCUUAUAACCUUAAUGAUGAUUUGAUAUAUUCCUGGUGCCAUCCUCUUCUCCUCUUCUUUUCUUUUUUUUUUUUUUUUCUGUUGGAAGUAGGUGUUGAAGUGUUAACAGAGGGAAGUGCUGGGAUGGAUAGAAACUAGUUGAUUUUUAGUGAUGCUCCACCUAGUUUUAAGGGUAAAAAAACCAAGGCAGGUGCAUCCUUUUGUCACUGAUUCCGUUGGUUGUUUUUUGGGGGGAAAGUAUGGGAAGUGUAUGUAUCACGAGGAUGAAAUGUAGUAUAAAGAUGAUGGAUAAUAUUUGUCUUGUAAUGUUUUUAUCACUCAGCAUAAUGAUAUAGAAAUCCUCGUCGGAUUGUGGAAUUCUGUGCUAA